UGGUCUGUGCUCACCAGACAGGUGGAAAGUUGGCUAGUUGACACCAUUCAAGAUGUUAGAGCACCUGAGUGGGCCUGGGGCUGUGACACAUUCUGGAUGGCAUUCAUUGCUGCCAAUCCAGACUUUCCUUGGGGGUCCUGGCCUAACUGGAACCCUAAGAUCAGUUUGGAAGGGAAAUUUAUUGAGUCUUGGAUGGUGGACAAUCUGACUAUACCAGCUGAUAGCUCUCUCAGCCAGCACAUCCUAGAUGAGAUUCACAUAAGUAUAUGGGAUGAUUUUCAGCUUAUUUUUCCUUUCCCCUCGUACUUGUAG